AUGGUUCACGUUUCCUCUUGCAAAACAACUGAAGGCGAUGUGGCUUUUCAUUAUCAUAUUCGCGUCGAAUUCACUAUAAACCUGCUGAAGUGCUUCAGCUCUUCGUCUCAAUAUAUGUUCGGUUAUGAGAAGAUUUCGAGAACGACACCAGAAAGGACUUUCAGACGAGCACAAGCACAACUCUCUUCUCUAUCUGUCGAUUCGGAUGAGGUGUGGAUCAAUCUCAAAACCACGUUCAUAAAUACAAGUUCAAUAGUGGUGGCCGUGACGAUACGAGGAAACCUCGGGAGUGGCGGUGGUGCUUUCACGAGACCAGUCCCGCUGCCUUCCCUUCCACCUACUGCAGGGUACACUCAACCUUCUGACUGUCCUCUGGUAUUCUUGAAAUUGUGCGUAAAGGCAGCAUUUGAAAUUUUCGAUGUUCUGAAUCCCCUCCAGCGAAAAUAG